UUGUUUUCAGAAGGCCGAUAUGUGCCGGGUGCCGGAUCAUCAAGCAAAAACACAUCAAACGGGGCAUCAGGAUUUAUAGCCGAUCCUUAUACGGGUGAAAAUGCAUACGUAACAACUGAGCGUACAGUUUUGCCCAGCGCCAACGCGCAGUUUGAUAAAAAGAGGCCAAGAAGUGAUCUGGUCCCGCUUGAGAAAUUCUUCCGUCUGGGCAUCGAGCAA